UAGUGCGCAUGCGCCCUGCUCAAUGUCAGCGAAGAUGGCGGCGCUGAUUUCAGGACGAUGGGUUAAAGCCAUGAUAACAAAUAAAGGACGCGGUGUUUAUCAGCUUAUUACAGCCCGAGCAGCAUCUGGUUUUGGGAAAGAUGUGUUACCCGGGCCGCACCCUCGUACUGCGGAGGAGAGAGCAGCUGCUGCCAAAAAAUACAACCUGAGACUGGAGGAUUAUCGCCCCUAUCCUGAUGAUGGACGCGGUUAUGGAGAUUACCCAAUCCUGCAGGACCGCUCUCAGCACGAGCGGGACCCGUGGUACCAGUGGGACCAUCCAGACCUUCGCAGGAACUGGGGUGAACCGAUGCACUAUGAAUUCGACAUGUACAUCAGGAACAGAGUGGACACGUCUCCGAGUCCCGUGGACUGGAGAACCAUGUGUAAACAUUUCUUCGGCUUUCUCACCUUCAUGCUGGUCAUGUUCGGAUUAGGGGAGGUGUUCCCCGCCUACCAGCCUGUGGCCCCGAAGCAGUACCCCUAUAACAACCUGUACCUGGAGAACGGUCGAGAUCCUGAAACGCAAGCCGAACCUGUUAAACAUUACGAGAUCUGAUCUUCUAAAUACUUCUCAAUAAAUUAUACUUAUUAAAACAGUA